AUGUCGUCGGCUCAAGUAGAUCGCGCAUCAAAAGUCGGUCAUGUGGGGAAAAAAGAAAAUGAAAAAACUCGUAAAAUGUUUAAUCAAUCACGUCACUUUAAAUUUAAUCGUAAACGAUCACAAAGUUUCACCGGCGGAAAUACAAAUAAAUUUUUUCCGCCGUACAAGAGGCGAAAAAAAGAUGGGGGAAUAAUCCCUCCAACAAAAUUUUUACUCGGUGGUAAUAUUUGUGAUCCAUUAAAUUUAAACAGUAUGCAAGAUGAAGAAAUAAAUCGUGCUAUGAAUGCUGUUACGCCUAAAUCAAGUCCAUUACCAACACCAAAACACCGUAAGGGAACAAUCGAAGUAAUAAUACCCCCGAAUAUAAACGACCCGCUCAAUUUAAGCAACUGCAAUGACGACGAGUAUGAAAAGCAAUUGAUAUCACCAACAAAGAAGUUUUCAAAGCGGCGCAAUAGAAAACGCAAGCGCGCUUCAUCGGGAUCUGGAAAAGAAGAUGUAAGUCACAGCGGCAGCGAAACAACGGAGCUAAAAUCUGAUGAGCUCACUUUGCUCAAGUCAUCAAACCCAAAAGCCACUGUAACAAUAUCUUCUUCGUCAUCAGAAGCGUCUACGGAGUCAACGACGCCAGUAAUAACUCCAACUUCCACUGAAGCACCAACAGCAGCUAUGGUGACCCUAGACAUGUCAUUGGCUUCAGUAGUUCCAGAUGAAGAGUCCACUGAAAUCACAACGGCGGAAAUGGUGUUUGCAGAACCAGCAGUGCCAACUUUGUCGCUUGCAGCUUCACUACCAGCAUUACCUGUCGCCGCGAUCACAGCGCCCUCGCAGCCAUCUAAGGAAGACAAGGUAUUACAAUCACAGGAAGCUAACGAGCUUGCAAUCAAUGAUAAGACGCAGCAGCUCAAGGACGGCAAAGAAUCUAAAGAAACAACCGUUGAAACCCUAAGUCCCCAGAAAGACAAGAACAAAUUGCGAUUGAAGGGCUUGGACAUGGAACCCAAAGACAAGCGGCUGCGCAAGGUAGACAUCAAAGAUAAAAUAGUCAGCCCGGUAAUUCCUCAACCCGGUGCUUGGAAGGUUAGGCCGGCUCACAGACCUAACCAGGACAAAAAGAAGAAAGGACUAGAUGGAUUAGUUAUUCCUAAAUUUAAGCCGAAAAAUGCGCGCUAUCAGUUCGGUAAUUAUGAUCGCUAUUAUGGGUAUCGCAAUUUCAAUAUGGAAAUAGACCCUCGGCUGACGGUCUUUGCACAACGCAGAGAACUCUUUUAUAAUAAAGAUAUUCUUGAUAUCGGUUGUAAUAUUGGACACAUCACCUUGUCAGUAGCACGACAUUUAGCAGCACGCAGUGUUACGGGGAUUGAUAUUGAUCGUAAGCUGAUUGGGAUCGCCAGAAGUAAUAUCAAACAUUAUGUUAAUUGUGCUAGAUCACCGGCUGGUAAUGAUGAUGAAGCUGGUACUAGCAAUGAUUGUGAUUCUAGUUUCUUUCCGAUGUCCAUGCCCAUCACUUAUGGUCCGAUUGAUGGUAACUACGUACUCGAAGAUGAUUCUCUAUUAAAGUCCGAACAACCGCAAUUCGAUACAAUUCUCUGUCUGUCAAUCACCAAAUGGAUUCAUUUAAAUCACGGUGACGCUGGAUUGAAACUGGCAUUCAAGCGUAUGCACGCACAGUUGCGUCCCGGUGGGGUUCUAGUAUUAGAGGCGCAAGGUUGGCCAAGUUAUGGGAAGAAAAAAGGAUUGACCGAACGAACUUAUAGAAAUUAUCACAGCAUAGAAUUCUUCCCUCAAAAAUUCACCCAAUACUUGAUAUCGCCCGAAGUAGGAUUCACUCAGUGCGAAGUAGUCUCAAUUCCCCCGCACCCAUCAAAAGGGUUCCAGCGACCAAUACAAUUAUUCAAAAAAGCCGAAACGAGUCCCCCGUCACGUCCAAUUUCAGCAGCACCAUCACCGUCGAAGAUGACGCGUUUCGUAGCGCGAGCGCAGGAGAAGAAAGAUUCCGAGAUGCGCGCAUUUGAGCGUGAUUUAUUUCCAAUUCACAAAAGCCCAGUUAAUAAACAAAGUGGAAAUUUGUCAAAUUUGAGUCAACGCAGCAGCGAAUCAAUGAGCAGUCACUACGAACAAUUGGAAAAUGUUUACGCGCCGAGUUCAACGCCUUGUUACGACACACCCAGUCACAAUGAAAACAGUCUAUCGGCAUUUGAACCUGAAAAGAUGUGCUACGUUGAUGUCUCGAUAAACCCCAGCAUCAAAACAGAUGACGGUUUAAUUGUCCAACCACAAACUCCCGCUACUACUAGCACUGAUUGUGAUGACGCUACUAGGCAUGUUGAAAUCAUUAAAUUUAAUGACGUAGACACGAGAACUGACAAUGAGCGUAAAAGAAAAACCAAUGAAAUUAACUAUCAGGCUGAUAUUAAGAAAAAAAAAGCUAAUGAUGAUAGUGAUAAUGAUGAUGAUGAUGAAGAAAGACAGAUGGGUGUCAUACCAAAGCAAAUUUUAAAAAAAGUAAAUGACUACGUCCAAGUUAUUCAAGAUUUGGAAACUCAGAGACCACCUAAGGAUUCUAAUAUCUCUGAUUCAGUUGCAAAUAAUACAUAA